AUGGGUAAAGGCUCCUCCAAGACCAGCACCAAGGUGCUGCCACUCAUCCCUCUCGCGUCGCCCCUCGCUGUGCUCCCGGGCACAACACUCAAGAUCCCCAUCACCAACCGCUCCGAUGUCGCCGCCAUCCUCGCGAAGAUAUACAGCAUCAGCCCUACCGCGAAGCCCGACGCGGCUAUUACAGUGGCCUGUGUGCCGCUCAAUUCCAACACGCUUGGCCCGGACGGCCAGUUGCUGAUUGACGAUGGACACCAGGGCGACAAGACGGUGUACGAGAGUGAUCCGAUGCAGGCGACCAAAAAGGAUAUCUUUGGAUAUGCCUGUGUCGCCAAGGUCAAUGGCGUGCAAGGCAGACGGCAGGGCGAUCUGAGUCUGAUCGUCGAAGGCCUGGAGAGAGUGCAGGUUGUCGACGUUGUGCAGGAGAGGCCCUACUUUGAGGGAGAGCUGAUGGCUGUCGACGAGUACAUCGACAUUGCGAGCGCAGAGCUCCUGAACCAGUUCAACCUCCUCAAGCAGCUGUCGCGCGAGCUGCUCGCCCUCGUCCGCCUCUCCGCCAUCCUCCCACGCACGCCGCAAGUCACGCUCUCGCCCAUCGUCGCCCGGAGGCUCGAAAUGUACAUCACACGCAAGGACUUGUCAGAGGCUGGUGCGCUGGCCGACUUCAUGGCGAAUGUCGUCGAGAGCACACACGAGGAGACGCUGCGUGUGCUGGCAGCUGUGGAUGUCAAGGAGAGAGUUGACAGGGUCAUCGAGAUCCUCCAACGCCAAAUCAGCAGCAUCCAGGGCAGCACACGCAUGACAGUCACCACAACACAAACACAGGCCGGCAGCUUGGAUAUGGACACACUGCGCCGGCUGCAGCAAGAAGCCCUAGCAAGGAGAGGCAAGAUGGGCGGUGGCCUGCCCGCUGGUUUCCCUGCCGGUUUUCCUGGUGGCGGCCAACAACAGGCAGGUGAAGAAGAACCGAGCGAAAUUGACGAGCUGAAGAAGAGGCUACAAGACGCCAAGCUAUCUCCAGACGCCGACAAGGUGGCUCAGCGUGAGCUGGCAAGAUUGCAGAAGAUGAACCCAGCACAAGCAGAAUACCAGGUCUGCAGGAACUACCUCGAGAAUCUUGCCGAGAUACCGUGGACCAAGACGACUGUCGACCAGCUCGACGCGCAAACACUGGUCAAGGCGAAGAAGCAGCUCGACGAUGACCAUUACGGUCUUGAAAAGAUCAAGAAGCGACUAUUGGAAUACCUAGCAGUCCUCAAGCUCAAAGAGCAGGCGAAUAGGACCAUCGACGAUCAGAUCCGCGCCCUCGCCGAAACACCCGAGGGAGAGGAUGAGGCCAAGGAUCAGGAACCAGAAGACAGAGUUGCAAAAGAGCCUUCAGAGGCCGGACAGCGACUGUUGGAGAAGAAGCACAUGGUCGACAAGUCCCCAAUCCUGCUGCUUGUCGGACCGCCAGGGACGGGAAAGACUUCACUGGCCAAAUCAGUUGCUACUGCGCUUGGCCGCAAGUUCCACCGAAUAUCACUUGGUGGCGUGCGCGAUGAGGCAGAGAUCCGCGGUCAUCGUAGAACCUAUGUCGCUGCCAUGCCCGGUCUCAUCGUUAAUGGACUCAAGAAAGUUGGUGUUGCAAACCCAGUUUUCUUGCUCGACGAAAUAGACAAGCUGGGCAUGUCAAACCACAAUGGCGACCCCGGCGCAGCCAUGCUUGAGGUACUCGAUCCGGAGCAGAACCACACUUUCACAGACCACUACGUCAACAUACCCAUCGACCUCUCCAAGGUCCUCUUCAUCGCCACCGCAAACUCGCUCGACACUAUUCCGCCACCGCUGCUCGACCGUAUGGAGACUAUCCAGCUCUCUGGUUACACCACACUUGAGAAGAGGCACAUCGCUUCAAGACACCUGAUUCCUAAGCAGAUCACGACCAAUGGUCUCCGCAACGAGGACCUGAGCAUACCUACCGACGUGCUUGACAAAAUCAUCACAUCCUACACACGCGAAUCCGGCGUCCGGAAUCUUGAACGCGAAAUCGGUUCUGUCUGCCGUUCCAAGGCUGUUGAGUACGCCACGGCGAAAGAUACAAACACGUUGGCGGCCUACUCCCCUGUCGUCACUCUAGAAGAUCUUGACAGUACGCUCGGCAUUGAAAAGUUCGCCGAAGAGCUCACUGAGCAGUCCUCGCGGCCAGGUGUCAUCACCGGUCUAGUCGCAUAUAGCACCGGUGGCCAAGGAUCGAUCCUCUUCAUCGAAAUUGCGGAUAUGCCCGGUUCCGGCCGCGUUCAGCUAACCGGAAAACUGGGUGACGUUCUCAAGGAGAGUGUAGAGGUGGCCUUGACAUGGGUCAAGGCUCAUGCUUUCGACCUUGGUCUGAGUGCAAGCCACGACGAAGAUAUUAUGAAGACUCGUAGCAUCCACGUUCACUGUCCAUCUGGUGCUAUUCCCAAAGACGGUCCUAGUGCCGGUCUUGCUCACACCAUUGGACUCAUCUCCCUCUUCUCGAACCAACCUGUCCCGCCCACGCUCGCCAUGACUGGUGAAAUCUCGCUGCGUGGGAAGGUUCUGCCUGUUGGCGGUAUCAAAGAGAAGUUGAUUGGCGCAUUGAGAGCUGGCGUCGAGCGAGUGCUCCUACCUGAGGGCAACAGGAAGGAUGCUAGGGAUCUGCCGCUGGAAGUUACACAGGGUCUCAAGAUCGAGUUUGUCGGCCACAUUUGGGAGGCUUUGAGCAAAGUCUGGCCUGAGAGGUGGGAGGGCGAAGAUGGUAGGAGGGGAUGGGAGAGUAGAUUGUAG